AUGUGGUGCUGCGCAUCAGCAUAUCUUUCCUAUUUCUUUGCUGAUUGUAUGAUGUCUCGAUGGCUUCUGAAUUACACACCGCCAGCUGUUGUAAUCCGUCUUUUAACAACGAACGGCUUAAUUGCGUACAUCACAUCCUGGGUUCUCUAUUUAUCCGGCGCAUCUUCUGACCCCCGACUUCUUCUCCCGGCUUGGAUUUCCAUUACCACUACCUUAACAUUCGUCUACCACGCAACCCAAAACCACGCAACAAUCAAACGCGAAACCGCAGCGUCACUACUGGUCGUCUCCGUGGCCAGUUUCCUAAGCAUGUCCUCGCUGCUCCUUCAGCUCCACCUGACCCGCGAAAACGAGCCAGAAGUCCCCGUCUUCGUGAUCACUCGCAAGCUGUGGGACUGGGCGGUUGCAAUCUUCCUGCGCAUGCGUGUUGCUGAUAAUCGGAUUGCUGGGGAAUUGUAA